GGGAGGAGGGAGUAGGUACGCUCAGGUAUGCGACGCUGGGCUAUUGGCCAACACCUCAAGUCCAUCAUACACGUCCCCGUCGUCCCUGUAUCUGCCGCCGCGGAUCAGGGCCGAACCCACCCAGGGUCUCAUUGGUGGGUGGGUCGUCCCUCCUGGGCAAUGCUAGUGGUCGGAUCGGGCGUCGCUAUAUUUACCAACUUACCCCGGACCACUAGUAGCGAAGUAUGAGGGCCCCGCCUGGUGUGGGCCACGCCAAAUGUUGUGGCAUUCCAACCCGCCAGGUGUUCCUGUCCUUACCCUAGAAUUCCAUCUUUCAAUCCCAUGAUCCAAAAUGUCACUUCCUUUCUUUAUUCCCGUCUCAACUUUCCUUCUUCUAGGGUUUGCAGUCCGGAGCCUGAAUGUGCGGAAUAACCCUUCCGCACAUUUGGGACCCGGAAUGCAAACCCUAGACUUCCCUUUCACUCCACAACUCCUACUCCACUCCAAGAGGAGACAACCUCUUUAAUAAACCCCAAUCUAAGGUGGACCAAUCGUGCCGAGAGAUGCGUGGCUGAGGGGGAGCUCAGUCGCUAACGAUGACCCUCGAUACCGGGCAACCUCGAGGUGUAUUUUGCCUUGUUCCAGCAAGCGGGGCUCUGCUGGCAACUGACCACAUUUUUCCCUAGCUUCUCGUGGGAUUUGUAUGGAAGAAGCAAAUAAAAAAACUGAAGGUACCCUGGAAGACCUAUGCCAGGAACUAAUGCCCCUGAUGGUAGGUGCGGAUGAUUCUGCCCAAACAUCGGAGCAAGCCAUGGAGGGAGUGGAGAGCGCCGACACGGUUGAAAGGAGCGAUACUCAUUGCCCAAACAACCCAACGGAGGCUCCCAACCCUGACAUGCGCAAGUCCGUCAAGAAAUUGACGGGCUCUGUGAAGGGCCGCUACAAAGCUCUUAGAGGACUAGGAGUGGCGCACGAGGAAGCGCUACAACUGUCCGCAAAGAGCUUUGCGGAACUUAAAAAGAUGGGGUACAAGUUCGGGUCCUCACACUCCAAACCCGAGCCGAAAUCGGCCAAACGGCCGCGCUCGGAGGAGAAAUCGCCACAGGGUAACGCUAGCAAGUUCCCAAAGGUGAGUGAGAGCCCUACAACCCAACCCCAACCUCCACAACCCUAUAACGAGGUCCUUAGCCAAGUCCGGGUCGGAAUCAAGGACUCCAAGCCGAUGAAUGUCGCGCAAUUGGGGUCCCUAUGCAAUACCAUCCUGCAAAAGAUUGCGACCCUGGAAAUGGACAAGGGACCAAAGUUUAAGGGUUACGCUUACAAGCCAGGCUGGUUACUCAUUACAUGCAGUGACCAAAGAUCUAAAGCCUGGCUUGAGGAAAUAACACCAACCCUAAAACCAUGGCCGGAAGCCAACCUCGGGGUCAUCCCUGAAAAUGAGCUUCCUAAGCCUAAUAUAGGGAUGGUGUUCAUUCCUGAGAUAGACGACUCCAAGGUCAAGCAGUCGCUAUCUCUACUCUAUGCGCAGAACCAGGGGCUGCACACAGAGUUAUGGAAGAUUCUCCACACCAAAGUCGAAAAGGGCGGGGUUAUGGUAACCCUGUCUCUAGACGACGUGUCGGUGGAGAACCUUCAAAAAAAGGGCCUAAAGGCAAACCUAGGUUUCCGGGAGGUCCAGUUUCGGCUAAAGGGCCAACCUAAGACCCAACAGCCAGAAACGCAACCCACCCAAAACCCUACACCGCAGCCUGCAAUCCCUGUCCCACCCACCACCCUAACCCAAACACCCGCCCCAAAGGUGCCUUCCGGCCCAAAGCGGGCGGCUCCUUCCACCUCCAAUCCUACUCCAGGAUCCUCGGGGAUGCAGCGGUUUCUCGCCAACAGGGGAGGCCACAGGGGCAAAAACCGUCCAAGGGGUAGAGGGAACGGAGGAGGCCACCAAGGGCACAACAGUGCCCACCGCCGUGGCAAAUAACGAC